AUGCCGCGGCUGGCACGGCCCGGGGGGAGGGGCGCCGGGCGGCGCAUCCGAUCGCGUCGGCGCGAUGGGAAAAAAUUCUUCGCCGGGAUCGCGGCGCUGGCCCGAAAGAUCGGCUGGACGGGCGUGGGGAUGCUGGGACAUUCCGUUGGGCGCUUCGCGGCGAUAUCAUUCGGGGAUCUGCCCAAGUUUCAAUUCCCCACGCCGCUGUGGGUGGUCCUGAGUCCGCCGGGCCACCCGGACAAGAAGCGCCUGAUGACGGUGCAGGAUUUUUUUAAGUACACGGAGGAGGAAGGGGUUAAAUUCUUUGAAGAACUCGAUCGUGAUGGGGACGGCAAGGUCUCUUUGGAAGACAUGAAAGUUGCCAUGCGAAAGAGGAAACUUCCUGAAAUUUACGCCCGAGAGUUUGUGCACCGCGCGAGGGGUGGCAGAUGGUGGUCCAAGACAAUAGGCUAUGACGAGUUCAAAGCUGUGGUGGAUGAGCGUGAGUCGGAGAUGCUCAGAGCCUUUACACAGCUAACUGUGAAUCAAAGAGGGCAAGUAGAGGUUGUGGGAAUCAAGGAUUCCCUGAAGAAGCUUGGGCUGUCAGCUACUGAUGCAAAUGCAAAGGCCAUGCUCAGAGCGAUUGGCAGUGAGGACGAUGGCUUUGUUUCAUAUGGCAGUUUUCGAAACUUUGCUAUACUGCUUCCCAAGAGCAAACUGAGGGAAUCAGUUGAUCCAAGCCGUGUGUGGUUUGAGUCAGCCACCAUGGUGCCAAUUGGUCUCCCUGCCCAAGCAGGGGAAAACACCACAAAGAUGCUGCUGACUGCAGCUCUGGCUGGUGGAGUUGCGUCGGCAACCUCAACUUUCCUGAUGCACCCUGUGGACACCUUAAAGACACGGAUUCAGUCUUCGGUUGGCAUCUCUGCAUUGUCUGUCGUUCGGUCGGUCCCCAACAUAGGUGCCAAGGCCCUGUACAGGGGCUUUAUUCCUGCAACUGCUGGGUCAGGUCUCAGCCACGGCGUCAGGAUGUGUGCAUACGAGGGAUGCUUCAAGAUCUUGAGCACAGUAACAGGCGGGGCUGCAGAAGUACAGCUCCAGGGCUUGGCCUCGGGUGUGGGCACAAUCUUGGGGACAGCGUUUCGAAUACCCUGCGAGGUCCUGAAACAGCGGUUGCAAGUUGGGCAGCACACCAAUGUUUCCCAAGCUCUGACUUUAGCAGUAAAGGCGGAUGGACCCAAGGGGCUGUUUCGGGGGACUGGUGCUACGCUUUCUCGAGAGGUGCCAUUCUACGUAUUUGGGAUGGUGUUCUACCAACAGCUGAAGAAACUGUACCGUGGAGAGAUGUUUGGUGGCAUUGGGAGGGACCUGAAGUCAUGGGAGACGCUGAUGGUUGGUGCCCUGUCUGGAGCGUUGGGCGCAAUCGUCACCACUCCUGCAGACGUCAUGAAGACAAGGAUCAUGACCGCAGCAGCUGGGCAAGAAGUGUCAGUGUCAAAAAUACUUAUUGAUAUUUUGAGAGUGGAGGGUUUUGGUGCUCUGUUUAAAGGAGCUCUUCCUAGGGCAAUUUGGAUCGCCCCACUUGGUGCCAUGAACUUUGCUGGCUAUGAGCUGGCUAAGAAUGCACUGAGUGAAGCUGACAGAAGGGCAAGGAAGGCGGCGGAGCCAGAGCCAGAGCCAGAGCCAGAGAUAAUAAAGCCCGCUGAACCUGCUAUUCUUGAUUGGUUCCGAAAACCAUCCUGGUGGCCAGAAUUGGGACAAAAAUCCAGGUUGCUUGAGCAGCCCAAGGCAUUGGCGACUCAGGUCGAGGCAGCUGUUCCUGUUAAAGGAAAUGAAUAUAUAAACACAGAGAAAACCAGGCUGCGUGCUCCUGGCAAGUCUCCAAGAGACAAUCUUCCGGGUAAAUCUCCGCAGCAGCGGUUGUUGCCAAGCCAAUCUUCUGGUCAGCUUUCAUCAGAUCUGAGGGACCAAGUGCAUCAGCACCCUGGCAAAUCCCCAAGGGACUAUCUUCCUGGCAAAUCUCCAAGGCAGGCCCUUGCAAACCAAGGAGACCAGCCAUACUACCAACCUGGAAAAUCUCCAAGGCAACUCGCUCCAAGCAAGUCGUCAAGACAGGUUCAGCCAGAGCAAGGAAGGCAGGUGCCUGCGCUGCCUGGUAAGUCCCCAAGGACCGCACUGCCCGAUCCUGGAACCAAGGUGUACCAGCAGCCUGGGAAAUCGCCAAGACAGCCCUUGCCUGGGAAGUCCCCAAGACAGCUCCCUCCUAUGGCACCUCCUGGAAAAUCUCCUAGGCAGUCCCUGCCAGGAAAAUCUCCAAGGCAGCUCCCUCCGGUGCAGGCCCCGCCUGGAAAGUCUCCAAGGCAGUCCCUGCCAGGAAAGUCUCCGAGACAGAUUCUGCCAGAUCAAGGACGACAAGCACACCAAUCUGGAUUAUCCUCUCGACCCCUUACACCAGGGAGGUCACCAAGGCAGUUUGCUCCUGGAAGUCCAUCGCCAAGGCCUGAGGCUGGCAAGCCCAAGGUAGGGCCCAGUGGGCUGCCCCCUCGGCCUCCCCAUCGGGCAGACAGUGAUGCAGUACCUUCCACCAGAUCACCACUUGCCACCAAGCAACCUGCUGCUGCUGGCCACGCUGCUUCAAGGCCUCCCAGUCGGCUUGUUUCGACUGACGAAGGCGUGCAGCUCCAAGGGAAGCCUGGGAAUGGAGCAGCGCAGCCUGAAGGCAACGGAAGGACGGCCCAGCAGCCCGUGAGGGCUGUGAAUGGUGCGGGCACCACUGAUAUCCAACCCUCAGCCUCAGGGAUCGAUAGCAAAUCGCUAGCUGCCCGUCCUUCACAGCCAAGUCCACGGACAAACGGCGUGGGAGCGAAUGGCAGGAAUGAAUCUUCGCCUGGUGCGGCCCCAUUGUAA